GUCGCUCUUGAACGCAGCUCCUCAUUUUUGUCCUGCACGACCUGCCGUCAGGGCAACCCGGAACUGAAUGCGAGGUGAGGCUGAGCUGCUGUCAUUUGAUCGCAGUGUUCGGUGAACUGUGAAGCUGUCCUUUCCAGCGUCCAGAAUGACGAGCCUCCAGCUGAGUGCGAAGGAGGAGAUGGUGGAGAGGUUUCUGGAUGCUGCAGCCAGAGGAGACUCGGCCCAGGUUUCCACGCUGCUAUCAAAUGUCCCCUCACUCAUCAACCAGACGGGAUACAGCGGCUGGACAGCGCUGAUGCUCGCCGCUCGCAACGGACAUUACCAUGUGGUGGAGGAGCUGCUGUCACAUGGCUGUGACAAGUUUUCCGUGAACAGUUCGUCCCAGACUGCCUACGAUAUCGCCAAAUUCUGGGGCCACAGACACAUCUCCAACCUGCUGGGCCGGACAGAUGACGGUUGCCACCGAGUCCUGCCGGGCUCUGACCUCAACCAGCAUGAGAACUACUUCAGCAGAGAGACGCUGGACCGGCUGAGUGGGAAGAGGACAGAUCAGGUCUGGUUAGAGGCCAAGCAGAGCCACCCAGAUACAGUCUUCCUCCUGUUCUCCAGCCUCAGUCCCAUGGUCAGCAGCUCCCGGGAGGAUGACGACACAGGGGUUGAGACCAAGCUGUGCCGCUUCAGAUAUGAUGCAGUGAAAGACCUUCUCCAGAAACCCGCGACUGUGCUCAUCUUCCUAGGAGUGGAGAAAAGGAAAAAGCCCUCCUCUUCCUCCUCCUCCUCCUCCUCUUCUCAGACACGGGAGGGUGUCCAGGAGCCUCCUGCUUGGUUUGCCAUCAGCACAGAUGAAGACACCGUUGAACUUCUUAAACGCUGCAGAGAAAAGAACUGCUCCUUUCCAAAGUCGCCCAACAGAGAUCUGCUAAACUUCAACGAGGAAGAGGCUGGAGUUGUAGCUCAGGCUCGAUCGGUGUUGGCCUGGCACAGCCGCUACAGCUUCUGUCCGACAUGCGGCAGCAGCACCAAGCUGGAGGAGGCAGGAUACAAGAGGAGCUGCCUGAACUCUGACUGCAGGAGCCUGAAGGGCGUUCACAACACCUGCUAUCCACGAGUCGACCCAGUGGUCAUCAUGCUGGUAAUCCAUCCUGAUGGAAACAGGUGUUUACUGGGAAGGAAGAAGGUCUUUCCAGUUGGCAUGUUCUCCUGUCUGGCUGGAUUCAUAGAGCCUGGGGAGACGAUGGAGGAGGCUGUGAGGAGGGAGGUGGAGGAGGAGAGUGGUGUGAAAGUCGGACCGGUUCAGUACGUCUCCUGUCAGCCCUGGCCGAUGCCCUCCAACCUCAUGAUUGGCUGCCUCGCUGUCGCCACAUCGACUGACAUCAAAGUGGAUGAGAACGAGAUUGAGGAAGCUCGAUGGUUCCCACGGCAGCAGGUGAUUGAGGCGUUGCUCAGAGGAGCUCAUCCCGCCUUCACUGUCCCUCCCAGACAGACCAUCGCCCACCAGCUAAUCAGACACUGGAUCGGCAUGAACUCGAACCUCUAACCUCCAAUGCUUGCCCUCCAGCUAGCUUAGGCAGACCUGCUGGUGGUUGUAUGGAUCUAAAAAACCACCAGCUGUCUGAACUGUUGCUCCUUUAUCAUGACAAACAAGCUGCCAGCAGAAGGAAAUACCAAAUUCUUCAUGUUGUACAUGACAAUAUAUACUGUUAAAUGACGUGAGCAUGUGGACUGAUAGAGUCUUUCAACAUCUACAGUUAAAGGCAAAGACAGAACUGUGCAAAAUGGAAAAGAUAACAAAGAAUAUGCUCUCACUUGAAAGCUACCAGGUUUGAACUUGGGAACUGACUGUGUGACAAUGGAUAAAAUAAAAGGCAACAGUGCAAAGGUGAGGAAGAAAUGGUGGAAGUCCACCAUCAGGUUAUGAUACCAGACAAAUGCAGAAAGCUUUCAUCAGUCUUUGCAUCACACAGCUGUAACAGAAACACUCUAUUUCUUCCAGAAGCAGUAAUGUGAGUACAACUUUCAGGUUCAGAUAAAUCAUGUCAACACUAGAGAUACUUAAAGCUGAACAAAACCAUAUUCUAAUGCUGAAGCAUCAUUUGAAGACGUGAAAACCAGUAUUUAAAGACAAACUCUAAUUUAAAUAAAUGUCUGAAUAUGUGCAGUUUAACGCCUGCCCAUAACUUGUCAAAUGUACGUAAAUGUCAGCCAUCUUUAUAAAUGUAACUAGACAAUUCUGAGGCCACCGAAAUUUUGACAGUGGCACGAGGGGACUGCUGGUGUUAUCUAUACCUCUGUUUCUCAAGCCUGGUCCUGGAGUACCACUGCCCUGCAUGUUGACGUAUCCCUGCUCCAGCACA